AUGAAUAAAAAUAUUCAUAUAGAAAAUACAACAACUCCCGAGACAGAAACUCGUAUUGAACAAGGACAAACGGACCAAAUGAAGAAAAAAAAAUGUCGUGGUGAUCGAAAAAGACAACGUUAUCGACGACAACUUUAUAAUCAAGGUUUGGGCUCAACUAUAGUAGAAAAAUUAAUUCAGGAAAAAUUUCCUUCUCAAAUACAAGAGUCUCAACAACAGCAAGAUAAAAUAAAAAACUCACAAAUACAAAAUAUUCAUGAUGGUGAUGAUGAUGAUGAUAUUAUGGAAAUGGGAAUCAAAAGAAAAAGAAUGUUGUUAACACCAACACCAACAACAGAAGCAAUAACAAUACUUGAUAAACCAUUAAGUCAAUUAUCCAUAUCACAAGGAGAUCCUAAGAAGGUCAAAGCAACAACAAAAACAACACUUGAAAACACAUUAAUACUUGAUGAAUCUCUUAGUCAAUUAUCAAUAUCACAAGAAAAUGCUAAUAAAACUGUAACAACAGUAGAAAAACCAGCCACUAAAAAGAAUCAAGUGAACAAUGGCAUUAAGGAGUCACCAAUGUCACAUUUAGAAAAUUUUAAACCACGCUAUUUAAAAGUAUCUGAUCUAGUAUUUAAACGAAUAUUAUCCGAUGCAAUUGAAAAUGGUUUCAAAUUCGUUGAAUGUUUGAAUAGUCCAGAAAAACUUCAUAUUGUUCGUGAAAUUACUGAAAUUACAAAUAAUUUAUAUUUUAAAGAUUUUCAAGCAAAAUUAUGGCAAGAAUAUUAUAAUAUAAGUUCCAAAGAUAACAAUUGGGAAUCGAAAAUAACGAAACGAUUUGCUCGUCAGCACAAUACAUGUCGAAUGUAUAGACCACAAAGAUCUUAUAUUCAAGAACGUCAAGCAACAAUUGCGCAUCAAAAAGAACGAAUAGGAAAUCAAUUACAAGAAUAUUUAACAAAAUUAUUAAAUAAUAUAGAACAAUGGCAACCAUCCAUCGAUGGAACAUUAUUAUCACAUGCAAUUAAUGAAUGUGUUCGACAUAGUCAACAUCGAUUAAAGGAAGAAUUUGAAUAUAAAAAAGAAAUGUUAACAUUAGAUUGGACUGAUCAUCGGUUACUUGUAAAAUUUUAUGAAUUAAAGCCCAAUGAGGAAUUAAUUCAAUUAGCUCAAAAUAUUUGGCAAGUAACAGCGGACGAAUUAAAAACAAAAGAACAAGAAGAAAUACUUCAACAACGGAUUUAUUUAAAACGAUUACCAGCCAAAACAGAUCAAAUGAUAAAUGAAUUAGUUAAUGAUAAUCAAAUAACACUUUCUAAUCCUUUUCUUGAUACAGAUCAACGAGCUAGUUUUGCAUCACGUUGUUCAAAGACAAUUAUACAAUGUAAGUUUAAUUUAAUGAUCAUAGAAUUGGAUGAAUUUACAAUUGUUACACAUCGUUAUGAUCUAACAUUAAGUAAUUUAAAAGAAAAAUUAUUCAAUCUACAUAAAGAAAAUCCACACAUUUAUACAACUUUAUCAAUGAAUAUUAUUGAAGAACGCCGACAAGCAAUGAUACAACGAGCUGUUCGAAUACGUCAACAUAAAUUGAAGACUUUUUUCGAUCAAGCUCCGGCGGUGAACGGCAACUAA